GCGCUGAGUGCCCCCGGGCCGGGUUUGCUAGGAAAUGAAGCCCUCGGCCGGCGGGCGGGCCUGGGUGUGACCGCGGAAACGCACCCCUUGUCGCCCUGACGGCUCCGGAACCACAGGAGGAAGUGCUCUGCCCGAGGCCAGAGCAGCCGCCGAGGCAGGAAGCCCCCGCCCCCCAGCCCCUCCGUUCGUCAGAGAGCUCAGCCCUGAGGAUGGAGGCAGGAGGAGGGGUCUCCACAGCCACGGCCCCCCACGCCGCCCCCGAGGGGCCAGAAGAUGGGCCUGGCGGCUGCUCCCCAGAGCUGCCCAGCACAGACCCAGGGAAACUGCAGGCGCUGCCCAUCGGGCCCGGAGCCCCCCGUGCGGCCCCUGCCCCGAGGAGCCCUGGCGGCCAGGCUGCUGUGAGCCCCGCCAAGAUCCCUAACCGGGACAGCGGGAUCGACAGCCCGACCCGCAGCGCGCCCGCCGGGCCCUUCUCCUGCCAGGAGGGCAGCGAGGCGGGGGGCCCCACCCUCCUGGCACUGCACCCCGAGGCGGCCCCAGGCAGCAACACCACCCGGAAGGAGGCCAACAGCGACAUGGGCCAGGACGGCGGCCAGGAGCCAGCGUCGGAGAGCAGCCCCCCGGGGGCCUGUGCAGACCUGGCCAAGCGCUCCAGGUCCCAGGAGCUGCUCCACAUCGCCCAGGAGCUCCUGCACACCGAGGAGACCUACGUGAGGCGGCUGCACCUGCUAGACCAGGUCUUCUGCACCCAGCUGACAGAAGCAGGGGUCCCUCCGGAAGUCACCACAGGCGUCUUCUCUAACAUCUCCUCCAUCUACCGCUUCCACGAGCAGUUCCUCCUGCCCGAGCUGCAGACGAGGAUCACAGAGGAGUGGGACAUGAACCCUCGGUUCGGGGACAUCCUGCAGAAGCUGGCCCCGUUCCUCAAGAUGUACGGCGAGUACGUCAAGAACUUUGACCGGGCGGUGGAGCUGGUGAGCACCUGGACCCAGCGCUCGCCCCUGUUCCGGGACGUGGUGCACAGCAUCCAGAAGCAGGACGUGUGCGGGAGCCUGACGCUGCAACACCACAUGCUGGAGCCCGUGCAGAGGGUCCCCCGCUACGAGCUGCUGCUCAAGGACUAUCUGAAGCGGCUCCCGGCAGACGCCCCGGACCGGCGGGACGCGGAGAAGUCCUUGGAGCUCAUCUCCACAGCCGCCAGCCACUCCAACGCCGCCAUCCGGAAAACGGAGAAAAUGCACAGGCUUCUGGAAGUGUACGAGCAGCUGGGCGGGGAGGAGGCCGUGGUCAACCCGGCCAACGAGCUGGUCAAGGAGGGCCCCAUCCAGAAGCUGUCAGCCAAGACGGGCGCCGCCCAGGACCGCCACCUCUUCCUGUUCAACAGCCUGGUCCUCUACUGCGCGCCCAAACCGCGGCUCCUGGGCCAGAAGCUCAGCGUCCGGGAGAAGAUGGACAUUUCCGACCUCCAGGUGCAGGACACCAGCAAGCCGCCAGCAGCCCCCACGUUCACCCUCACGGGAAGGAGCCGGGCCCUGGAGCUGCGCGCCCGGACGGAAGAGGAGAAGAAAGAAUGGAUUCAGGUCAUCGAAGCCACCAUCUCGAAGCAUAAACAGAACAGCCAGACCUUCAAGGCCUUCAGCGCCGCCUUCAGCCAAGACGAGGACCCCUCCCAGACUCCAGAGCCCCCUACGACGAGUGCCAGCUUUGAGGAGCCUGUGGUGGCCGCCGACAACAGAGGGGGUGCUGCAGAGCUCGAGCCCAAGAGGGGGUCCUCCAAGAUCAGGCGGGACAAGGAGAAGCAGAGCUGCAAGGGCUGUGGCGAGACGUUCAACUCCAUCACCAAGAGGAGGCACCACUGCAAGCUGUGUGGGGCGGUCAUUUGUGGGAAGUGCUCCGAGUUCAAGGCAGAGAGCGGCAGGCAGAGCCGAGUCUGUGGAGAGUGUUUCCUGACACAGCCAGUGGCCCCAGCGAGCACCAGCCCCAGGGCGCCUGCGGAGCCCCAGCAGAGCGUGGAGGACAGUGAGCCGCCACCCGCCCUGCCCCCUCUGGCUGCACAGUGAGUGCCGGACCUGCGGAGACGCUGCUGGCACCGGGACUGUGCGGCAGGCCUGGCAGGCCUGUGCCUGAGCAUCCCAGCCACUGAGCUGCAGCCGAGGUGGCUGGGAGCCCUGAGCGUGGUCGCCGUGGGGACCGGGCCCGGCCCGGCCAGCCCGGGGCCUGUAGCUCUGGCCCGUGGACCGGGAGCUGAGCCUUGGCCAUGGCCCUGCUCUGCAGUCGCCCCUGCAGGGCCCGUGCUCACCUGAAGGUGGCCCCGGAGAUGAAGUGUGCCCACUGCGGAGGGGCUGGCGCCGCAGGAGGGUGGCCACCUGCCCAGAGUCACCUGGCACAUCUCGGGAAAGAGCCCGGCCUCCGCCCUCAGGCCAGCGGCGAGGCCCAGGAAGGACACAGGGCGACUGUGUGCGGGGGCGCUGGCAGGAGAAGGGAGGGCCGGACAGGGCCUGGGGACACCUGGUGGACGUGCAGUCGUGCAUCCCUCUGGCCCCUGCCCGCCUGUCUACACCGUCUGCACAUGGGAGCUGAGCCGCCACCAGCCCGACUCCACUCCUCCUCUGCGCACCCCGGCUCCCAGGUGCCCGCACCCCACCGCCCCGUGUGGAGCCGCUCGUGAGGCCGGCCCGCCAGGAGGGGUGCGCUCCUGAGCAGCCUCAUGAGAAACUCGAGGGGGGCCCUCCAGUGCCACACGGGCGCCUGAGAGUGGUUCCUGGAGGGGUGGGCAGAGCUUGUCUGGGUGAAUAAAUGCUGGCAGCCAGCAGGUGA